AUGCAGGCCAUUGCUAACGGUUUCAACCAAAACUCUCUAAUAAAAGAACUACAGUAUGAUAAUGAAGAUAAUUUGAAUGAGGACUUCAUUUUGGGUAACAACAACUUCUCCAAAAUUGCUCCUUCUUUGACUAUGCCUCCUAUCUCUGCUCCAAGAGACUUUUUAAGGGCUCAUACCGACGAUGCUACUAAUCCAGACUGUAAAAUUAAAAUCGCACACGGUACCACUACACUAGCGUUCAGGUUCCAAGGGGGGAUCAUCGUUGCAGUCGAUUCAAGAGCCACUGCAGGUAAUUGGGUUGCCUCUCAGACUGUCAACAAGGUUAUAAGGAUUAAUCCUUUCUUGUUGGGUACCAUGGCAGGUGGUGCAGCAGAUUGUCAAUAUUGGGAAACUUGGUUAGGUUCCCAAUGUAGAUUACAUGAAUUGAAAGAGAAGGAACGUAUCUCCGUUGCUGCUGCUUCGAAAAUUCUAAGCAACUUGGUUUAUCAAUACAAAGGUGCAGGUUUGUCAAUGGGUACAAUGAUUUGUGGUUACACUAAGAAAGAAGGUCCGACCGUCUACUACGUCGAUUCUGAUGGUACAAGAUUAAAAGGUAACGUAUUCUGUGUAGGUUCUGGUCAAACUUUCGCCUAUGGUGUUUUGGAUUCAAACUAUAAAUGGGAUUUAACAGUCGAUGAAGCUUUAUAUCUAGGGAAAAGAUCGAUCCUGGCUGCUGCUCACAGAGAUGCAUAUUCAGGUGGUUCAAUUAAUUUGUAUCAUGUCACUGAAAAUGGUUGGGUCUAUCAUGGUAACCACGAUGUCGGUUCGACUUUUUGGGAAAUUAAAGAAAAGGAAGGUUCAUUCAAUAACGUCGUUGGUUGA